UUUUUUUUUGUGAGUGUCCCCAUGCGCUCUGAACUCGAAUGAGGUCUGCUCUUUAUCGCGCGGUCAAGGCGGGCAAUUCGGAAGUGUUUUGGCACUGGGACUGUCACCGGGAUACGGGGACUUGAUUCUCGACGCCGGAGCGGGAUCGACUGGGUUAGUCAGUGGUUGGCGGUCAGCGGGGCGACACUGCGAGAGAGAGCGAGAGCGGGAGAAAGCGGUACGCGAGCGGUACACCCAUUGAGUCGAGCGUCAACAUUAAACAACUGGUACUGAUCGAAACAAUGGCCACCUCAGUCCUGCUAGCCUGUGGACUCAAUGAGCAGAAAUUGCCAGGAUUUGUCCACAUCAGCGAGGAGUCCAAUGUGGAUGCCAGCUUUUUGAUCAGCUGCGUUUUGGGUCAGAGAUUGCGCAUCUCAAAUGCUGGAACUCUGCUCGUCUGUUUGCAGCAUCACUACCAGCAUUAUUUUAAUGCUGGCAUGAGGUUGGGCUAUAAUACGAACAUUUUCCAGGGGAAAACUCUGGGUGUUAUCGAUGUUCUGAGCGACAUGGCCGGCGAGGGAUUGGCUUCCAAAUGGCUAACGAAUACCGAGGGUCAGACAUUAACCGACCAGCUAGUAGAGGAUAUUCGCGCCCAGGUGGAGAGGAACUAUGCCAGUCGCAACUCAUAUACGGUUCUGAUCGACAAUCUGUCCAUAUUGUUCAAUUUGGGAGCAAGCAAGCUGCAGGUUCAGCAGUUCUGCCAGGACCUGGCUGCGCUAGGCAAGGAGCGCGAAAAGCUGACGGUGAUCACCAAGCUCAGCAACAGCGACAUCUACCAGCUGACGGACAACAAUGUCGCCAAGCUCGGUCAGGUGCGCAUCCAGGUGUUGCGUUUAAAGAGCGGUGUCUUCCGUGAGGUGGAUGGCAAGCUGCUAAUCGAACGCGUUCUGGACGAAGGAAACUAUGCCUGCGAGGAGACACGCAAGGAGGUGCUCUACAAGGUCAACGAUCGCAACGUCAAGGUCUUUGCACCCGGCGAAAUUGGGGUCAAAGUCUAAAGGCUGCAUAAGCUCAAAUAAUUGUAUGAAUUUUAAUAAAGCCAUUUUUUGUAUAUUCCAAACAUAGCCAGUCAAAGGUUUCAUAUUGCGUCGGAAUAUACAGUGCUUGUUUCAAAUUUUGAAAUGGUAAAUCAAGCGAUUAGACUUGUAAUUGGAACCAUAUUUUAGUUAUAUUUUUGCAAAUAUGUCAUUCUGUUUCCUAGGCUAGAUGUAGGAAUUAAAAUUAAUUUAAAUUUAAAUUAAAAAAAAUUAAAUUUAAUUUAAAUUUGUUAAAAGG